CCUUCGGAGUUCGUCGUGGGGUAGUAAGCCCUCUCUCGUACACAGUGCCCAUCGCUAGAAGGGUUCAGAACGGGGGUGUGUUUUUUAUUUUUGUUCUGCUAAGUUUGGUUGAGAAUUGGGUGAGUUGGACGACUUUGCAUCUGCGCGGUGUGAAGUUUCCAGUGUUUGUAGCUCGUGAGCUGCAGUCUACGCUUGUCUUGUAUGAAAUCCGUGGAGAGGCGAUGCUUUUGGAAUCUGUUGUUCCUACCUCGCUUGAUACCAGGCGAUGCUGCGUAAUCAUGAAUGCUUGUGGGUGGGUAUUAGUGCAAGGAGUUAAGAGAUUUUCGUUGUGCGGUGGGUUUUGAGUGCACGUGAUUUGUUUGUUCCGAUCGCAGGCGGUUUCGGGGGGAGGGGGGGGGGUGUGUUUUUUUUAGUGGUUUGUUUGGGAGGAACUGUUGCAGUCAUGAGUAUGUAGUGUGUAGGGGAUUCGGAUUAUGUGGAAUUGGAGGAGUUGCAGAAUUCGGUCUGUGGGAGUACUUGGACAGGGAAUAAGAGUGGCAUGAGUUGCAAGUAGAAGCGGUUUCAGCAUGGCGCAACGUUUAAGGGUGCUGCAGACGUUGAUGCUGCAUUUGUUUCUGGAUUUUAUAACGGUGCACCAUGGCGCAGCAACCAUGCAUACAGUUGGUGGUGAAACUCAGAGGUGGGAUUACCCUCCGAGAGACUUCUGGUACGAAGAGGUUUGGGCGAAGAGCAUCAUCUUCAGAGUUGGCGAUCAGUUAGUCUUUAAAUACAAGCAAGGCAUUCACAAUGUUGCGGUUGUUGCAUCACAAGCGGGGUACGAGAUGUGCAAUUUAUCAAACGUCAUCAAUACGUAUAACUCUGGCACGGAAACGAUGGACCUAAACAGGACAGGAUGGUAUUACUACUUCUGCGCUGUUCAGGAACACUGCAGCAAUCGGAAUCUGAAAAUGAAAGUAUACGUCAAUGAGAGUCUUGCUGAUGGGACUCCUUCCGGGGGUGGCUCGAGUAAAAGCAUCGUCAUAAUCGUUGUUGCAGUAAUUAUUGCUAUAGUAGUGAUCCUUGUUGCAGUAGGAGCUGUUUGCUAUUAUAGAAGGCGCAAGGGACUAGACGACUUUCCGUGUAGCCACAGAAGCGGAAAUUCUGGACCUAGAAGCUCGACGUCGAUACCAAUCGAAAUUCUUGGAAAGGAUGGUCCAAGGGAGUUCACAUUCAGGGAGCUAGCUGCAGCGACAAAGAACUUCUCUCGGACGGAGUUGCUUGGGCGUGGCGGAUUCGGUAGCGUGUACAGAGGAACUCUGCGCGACAAAUCCCUCGUGGCCGUGAAAUGCAUUGCGAAAGAUUCACAGCAAGGGGAGAGCGAGUUCCUGGCCGAAGUGCUCAUCAUUGGGAAAAUUCGGCAUCGUAAUCUCGUUCCGUUGCGAGGCUGGUGCGCGCAGAGGGAGAAGCUGCUUGUGGUGUACGAUCACAUGUCGAACGGAAGCUUGGACAAGUGGAUUAUACCUUCGCAGGAUGGCAAAGUAAAACCCGCUUUGCAGUGGAAUACUAGGUAUAGCAUACUCAGUGGCGUUUCGGCAGCGUUGUCGUAUCUGCACGAGGAGUGGCAGCAAUGCAUUUUGCAUCGCGACGUAAAGCCGAGUAACAUUCUUCUCGACGACAAAUUCAAUGCAUAUUUGGGGGAUUUCGGUAUGGCUCGGUUGGUCGAUCACAACAAAAUAGCACACUCGACUAUUGUGGCGGGGACGAUGGGGUACCUCGCCCCUGAGCUGCCGCACACGCACAAAGCCACAACGAAAACAGACGUGUUCAGCUUCGGUGUGCUCGCUCUCGAAGUGGUAUGCGGACGACGAGCAUUCGACCCCAAAUUGCCGCACGACGAGGUCUACUUGCUCGACUGGGUGUGGUCGAUGCACCAGUGCGACCAGCUGCGCUCAUGUGUCGAUCCCCGCCUCGAUGACGACUUCGACGAUAUGCAAACUAGGGUUGUCUUGCACAUCGGACUGCUGGCAUGCCACCCUGACCCUGGGUCCCGGCCCAGCAUGCGCUUCAUCCGACAGGUUCUAGACGGCGACCUGUCAAUCCCCCAAAUCCCCGGGAACCGUCCCGUGAUCUCCUACUCAUGGGGCUCCGGCUCACAAUCCACGCAAGUAAGUAAUUCCAUGGACCAGAGCACCGAUGGGAUUUCCCAAUCUGAUAAAGCACCCCUAACUUAUCCACGAUAGGCGUGUCAGCAGUGCGACUCUCGAUUCAGCGCUUCACGUCGAUUUUGCGGUUGUUUCACUUUGUUUUGUGUACAUGGUGCUCGAACAAUCCGAAGCUCAGACUCCAGGCUUCACUUUUGUAUCUCACGCUACCCAAUCGCUGCCAAGCAUGUCUUUUUACUUCUUUGCCAGCUGCUGAAAAAAACAAUAAUACGCCGCUAAUUGCACAAAAUUCAGUGUUUGUGGGGGUGCUUGUUGCAAUCAUCCCUGUCAUUUGAGCCAUUAUUUCCAGCUCUCUCUGCAGCUCUGACGAUCCAUGUAAAGUCGAAGCUUUCAUAACUCCUCUCUCCCCUUCUCUUUAUCACGACCCCUAAUUUCUUAAAUUUGUAGUUUUUGAGUAAUCUGUAGAUGUGAACUGAAGAGUAAUUGCGGUUUAAAGUAAACGAGUAUGUACAACAUUCAAAGUUAAUGUAGGGAAUCAUUUGUUUGUAGCUUCUAAUGUUUUUGUUGUUUUUGGUAUUGUUCUCAUCUGCCUCCGAAGAAGUUCCUGAGCAGUGUGCUAGUAAUUUGUUUACCAUCCUGCAUUCAUGAGGGAGAUUUUGAAGAGUGUCCGGAUGGAAUUUUUUCUCAAGAAUUAGACUGGAUAUGUUUGAAAGGAUCAAAAAAACCUGCCAUUCUUAAAAGGUGGAAUA